GUAUGAAAUUUAAGAAUACAUAAUUUGCAUUGAGGUGCUGUUUUAAUCUAUUAUAAAUGUAAAUGGCUAUAACUUUAUUGGCUAAUUGCAACGACUUGUUAGAUAGUUGCAGGAAAUGUAAGGGGACCGUUUUGUUUUGAAUUACAUUAGAAAAAAAGAAAGAAAGGGAAAUGGAACAAUUCCAAAUAAAUGGAAAUGCACUUCCAAUUAAUGCACCUCAAUUCUUUUCAUCACAGGCAAUGCAACAUUGUCUUUGUUGUUAGUUUAUGUCUGAUUUCAAAGAUGAGGAUUCGUUGUUUCUUCUCCUCGUGUGCCGUUAGGCCUUAAAUAUUCUAUUUGAAAUUUCGUUUGGCGACAUUGUGGUCGUUAGGUCUUUGAAUAGUUGAUAUAUCUAGUGAAAAAGCACUAUUUUUUUGCCAAUUUGGUUUGGGAAUUGCCCAAGGAGACUUUUUUUUUUUUCUUAAAAAAAAUUCCUUGGCUUGUCCACAUUUCUUGCCUAUUUAGAAUGUGAAAACAAUGCUAAAUACACAUAUGACUCUACUUGCUGUAAAGCGUAUCAUAAUGUUGGGGCACUGGAUGGCUAUUUCUUUCCCCAGCAUUUUCUGUUCACACAUUUCACUGUACCGGAACUUCAUCUAUUUUUCUUUGUUGAAUUAGCUUUCAAAUGCCAGAUAAACGUCUGGUUAUAUUCAAAAGAAUAGAUUGAUGAACUAAAUGCUAGACUUACAUGUUAUUGAUAUUGCCUUCACUGAUGCGUAUUAGUUAUUUUUAUGCCACUGGAAUCGGAAUUCUACAAGCCUUAUCGCAUGUCAAGUUCUCCAAUCAAUUUUCGUUUCUCCAUUUCUGGGAUGCCAUCUUAGCACAAGGGCUCCAGGAUGGCCACCAGCUUUGAUUAUUGGAAUGACUGCGUUGAUGUCCAGGACAUGGAAGCAAUGUGGCAGGAACCUGAAGUUAGCACUGAAUGGUUAGAUGCUGGAGAGACUAAAGGAAAUAAAGUUCACCUUUCACGGGAUCCCGAUGGAGAGCCUUAUUUGACGCAGACUGAGAUGAAGGCUGUAGCUGAUAUCAUUGUCCGAAGACAUUUUGAUUCACAGAUACAGCCGGACAUGAUAUGUGCUGUAGCUGAACUUGCAAGUGAUAGACAGCCCCUCUCUACACGGUGGUAUGAUAAGAAAACUAAGGAGACAGCCCUGGGCAUCAUGCAGAUUUUACCAAAAACAGCAGAGUGGCUGGUCAGGGACUUAGGUUAUCAGGCAUAUGAAGUAGAAGGGAAUCCAGACAUUCUAUAUCGACCUUUUGUUAGCGUCUAUUUUGGUGCUGCUUAUAUUAAAUGGUUAUCGAACUUCGAAGAAGUAGAAAGAAGCGAAGAGUUCGUAGUUAGGGCGUAUAAUGGUGGUACUACAAAAGCAACUCACAAAUCAACUUUGCGAUAUUGGAAACAGUACCUUUCAGUCAAAGAAAGUCUCCCAUCCAGAAGAUUUGUCGAUGAAGGUCCUUCAGUAAACAAUGCUCAUUCUUCAACUGCUCAAGCUGCACCUACUGCACAAAAUACAAAUGCACCUUCUUCAGAAAAAACAGGUGUUGAUUAUAUAUAUUGGGACUCUAAAGCUUCCCCAGAAGAAAUGCAAGAGAUGUGGAGUCGUUCUGAAGUUGCAAAAGAGUGGACGAAAUCUGGAGAAAAAAGAGGAAAGGUGCGCUUUUCACAUGACAAGGACAUGAAACCAUAUCUAUCUCGGGUAGAAAUGAAGGCAGUUGCAGACAUAAUUCUUUCAAAAUACUUUAGUACAAGGGGAGUUAAACCUUCAGUCAUUUGUGCUCUUGCUGAGAUGGUGAGCAUGCGUUUUGUGAAUGGGGUUGGACCGCGAAUCGGAUUAAUGGGAAUCGACUACUCUACAGCUUUCUGGCUAUACAUGGAAUUGGGUUACAGGGCUUAUAGAUUAGAUUCCGCUGGUGAUCUGACCAAGCCAUUUGUGUCUAUGUACUUUGGUGCAGCCUAUUUGGCCUGGUUAUCGGAAUAUGAAGGGAGGGAAAGAACUCCACAGUUUGUCGUUCCAGCUUAUCUUUCUGGGCCCAAGAACGUGAACCAUCAAGAGACCGGUCCCCUUUGGCUUAAAUUCGAGCAAGCUUUGAGCAAUUAUGAAGACUUGAAGAGGGAUCCUGGAAAUUGCACCAUCCUGUAAGCUGACCAGUGAAGUGACGCCAUCGUUCAAAUUGUGCCGAGUGAUGGAUAUUACUGCUGUUAUAGAAGAGCAAUGAAAUGAGUGAAAAGUUUAUUUUCUUCACUCAUUUACAUUAGAAAAUACGAGGGCAGAUCCAAGCAUUAGGGAGAAGAAAGGCUAGCUGUAGCUCCUGUCCUUUUUCUGGUUUCCGAUACACUGGAUUGAGUAACGAACAAUCUUAUAUUAUGUUCCGCUCCAUCUUACAAUUCCAAUAACAGGGCAUUAGGAGCCAAAGCUCGAGCCCCCCUCCAACAUCAUUUACCCAUAGUAACUGUCUAAGCAAACUGCAUAUGAUUAAAGAUGAUUAUUUAUAUUUUAACUUGCAUAUUAUGCUUCAAAUUCCAA